AUGUACGUUCGAAGUACAAUAGCGCUAUUUAUUUAUUUAAAUAUUUUAAAUACCAUUUAUUGUGACUCGGACGUUCAAGUUAAUUUUCACGUUGAUGGAAAUGGAUUUCACAGAACAAUUAAUUAUGAAGUAGAAGCGAAAAAAUACAUAAACUACGACUGUCAUGUCGCACUAUAUUUAGAAUUACCUCGAGAACUGUAUGUCAACAUUGAUGAGCUAGCUGAUUUGCAACGAUUCACGAAUAUUCGAGCGUGCGCAGUCGGAGAAACAAAUGUCGAAUUAUUCGCUGAAGAAGCUGAACCGCAAAGAGUAUCUAUUUGCACAGCUUUGAAUUUUGACGCGACGACGUUAAACUUGACGAUUCAUCAGCGGUACCAGCGUGCCGAAGAAAAAGAAGAUUAUGCGAAUGUUAUUUUUCCAUUCCCGAAGCUUCUGCUUGGGUGUAAAAAACGUAUCAAAGAGUACCAAGUUUCUUUGAUAGAUUUAUGUGAUUCCUGCGUCGGAUUCGCCAUUAAAUGGCGGGAAAUUUCUUAUCAAACUGAAACCAAGGACUACGUAUGGAUAAUACCGAUAGGAGAAUUGACUCACAGGUCCUACGUAACUUACAUUACAUUAUUUACAAGUGUAAUUGGAACUUUAAUCAUAUUUAAAGCUCUUUGUUCGGUAAAUCCUGGUGAUGACAUUCAUAAGGCAUCGGUUCUUCUUGAAUUUUAUAACUUUCACGUGCAGUUGAAUUUCCAAGCCCCAUUGCACUGCUCAUAUAAGCCGGUGUCUUUGUCAAGAGCAUCCAAAAGCCCCAAGCUUGAGAGCACUGGGCAAUUAAAAGAGCCCAAACGGGUAUCGACGUUAAAAUGGCAGUCCAAGGUGUCUUUAACGGCUGUUGAUUUAAAUAUUUAA